CGGCGGGGACGCAGCUGACCCCGCUCUGCGCCCGCUGCACCCCGGCCGCCACCGCUACCUCGGCCCCGGGCAGCCGCGAUCUCGCCUGGCGGCUGCGGGCGGGAAGCCUCGGAUCCAGCUCCUGAAAUUAACCUUUCAAGAUGAAGUUUUUAUUGGCAAUAGCCUUUUUUAUUUUAAUUUCCUUGUGGGUUGAAGAAGUCUAUUCUAAAGAAAAGUCUUCAAAGAAAGGAAAGGGGAAAAAGAAGCAGUACCUAUGCCCAUCUCAGCAAUCAGCAGAGGACCUCGCAAGGGUACCUGCCAAUUCCACUAGCAAUAUCUUGAACAGACUAUUGGUCAGUUAUGAUCCUAGGAUAAGACCAAAUUUCAAAGGCAUUCCUGUUGAUGUGGUAGUGAACAUUUUUAUUAACAGUUUUGGAUCCAUUCAAGAAACAACAAUGGACUACAGAGUUAACAUAUUUCUGAGACAAAAAUGGAAUGAUCCCAGGCUGAAGCUACCUAGUGAUUUUAGGGGCUCAGAUGCACUGACAGUGGAUCCCACUAUGUACAAAUGUUUGUGGAAACCUGAUUUAUUUUUUGCAAAUGAAAAAAGUGCCAAUUUCCAUGAUGUCACCCAGGAAAAUAUCCUUCUGUUUAUUUUUCGGGAUGGUGAUGUCCUUGUCAGCAUGAGGUUAUCCAUUACCCUCUCAUGCCCUUUGGACUUGACUUUGUUUCCCAUGGACACACAACGCUGCAAGAUGCAACUCGAGAGCUUUGGUUACACAACUGAUGAUUUAAGAUUUAUCUGGCAGUCAGGAGAUCCUGUUCAGUUAGAAAAAAUUGCCUUGCCUCAAUUUGAUAUUAAAAAGGAGGAUAUUGAAUACGGCAACUGUACAAAAUACUACAAAGGCACCGGCUACUACACGUGUGUGGAAGUCAUAUUCACCCUGAGGAGACAGGUCGGGUUUUACAUGAUGGGUGUCUAUGCCCCAACCUUGCUGAUUGUGGUUCUUUCCUGGCUUUCCUUCUGGAUCAACCCAGACGCAAGUGCUGCCAGAGUACCCCUGGGCAUUUUCUCUGUCCUGAGCUUGGCCUCUGAGUGCACCACCCUUGCUGCUGAGCUUCCCAAAGUAUCCUACGUGAAGGCCCUUGAUGUUUGGCUCAUUGCUUGUCUCCUCUUUGGGUUUGCUUCACUGGUGGAGUAUGCUGUUGUCCAGGUGAUGUUGAACAACCCUAAAAGAGUUGAGGCUGAGAAAGCCAGAAUCGCUAAGGCUGAGCAAGCAGAUGGGAAAGGUGGAAAUGCAGCUAAAAAGAAUACUGUGAAUGGUACAGGGACUCCUGUGCAUAUUAGCACGUUGCAGGUUGGUGAGACCAGAUGCAAAAAGGUUUGUACUUCUAAGUCUGACCUGCGAUCUAAUGACUUCAGCAUUGUUGGAAGCUUACCAAGAGAUUUUGAAUUAUCCAAUUAUGACUGCUAUGGAAAACCCAUUGAAGUCAACAAUGGACUUGGGAAAUCUCAGGCAAAGAACAAUAAGAAGCCUCCCCCUGCCAAACCCGUUAUUCCAACAGCAGCAAAGCGAAUUGACCUAUAUGCAAGAGCACUAUUUCCCUUCUGUUUCUUGUUCUUCAAUGUUAUAUAUUGGUCUAUAUAUUUAUGAUAAUUUUUUCCAUUUCUAUCAAAUAAAAUCCCAUUUCAUUGUGACAAACCCAAUUCAUAAAUGCUGAUCUGUGAAAACUUUUGCAUUUUCAUAGCAAUAUAUUGCAUUUUGGAUGCCAUUUGAUUGUAAUAAAAUGUGGCACCUUACUUUUGAAUGGCAGCAUGAUCCUGUAAUGUCUGUGCUCUAAUAUUGAUGUAUAUAUGUACAGCAAGCAUAUUGCUUUAGGAAUAAAUGAAGGAUAAGCAUACUACAUAAUAUAAAUCCAAACAUUUUUCUUCGGUUAGUGUAAACUGCAAAUACUUCAGAUAUUUCUGGUAAAAAAAAUGAUGUGCACGCUGAUUCCUGUUAUGGUCUCUAUUCUAAUAUAUGUAGUAUUUCCAAUUUCCUUCCUUGUAACUUUCAAAGAAAACCAUCUUAUUCUUCUAUAAUUUUAGAUGGUAUUAUCACAGAUUAAGCCAAGUAGUGUUACAUAUUGUUUAAAAUUUGUAAGUAGAAAUAUAUCAGUUAUAAUUAUGCAGGCUCUGUGGAGAAAUAAAGUUCCAAAAGUUAUUAAUUUGUAAAAUCAGCUAAUUUUAAGAUGUGCCUGUGUUGUCAAAUUGCCAGAUAAUAAAACACAGUAAAGCAUUUUUGAAACAAAGAAAAACCCACAGUUACAUAAAUGCUUACUGGAUUCUGACUUCUGAUAAAGAAAAAUGCAUAAGGAUAGAUACAUCAGUUAAAUAUUUACCAUAAAAUUUAUUUAAAUCAUCUUAAAACCCAAAUUGAUUUUCAUGGAUUUCAUUUGUUGAGAGAGUACACAAAAGCAUUGUGCCUUAAAAGAGUUUUACAUAUUUUAAAUCAGAAUGCAGUGACAGAUAUAUGAUUUCACAUGUUUUUUAAGAAAUCAAGAGGAAAUAAGUACCCUAUUACUAGAAGUAACUUAAAUUGGAAAUUUUAAAAAAACAUAAUCAUGAAAGGAUAUUAACUAUUUUAUUAAAAUGCUUACAUAUUUUAAGUAAAAUUGAAAAUAUUUUCUACUUUAUUUUAUGUUUUAUGUAUUUGAAUAUUUGGGGAUAUGUUACAAAACACUUAAAGAUUAUGUAAAUGAUAUCUUUGUUUAUGUUAGACUGAAUUUCUACUUGUAUUUUCUCUCUUGCCAAAAGUCUAGACGACCGAGUUUUACUUACUUUGAUCUUGUUCCAACCUGAAAAUAAGCACUAAGUCUCCUUUUAUGAGACCCCCCCAUUUUCUAAUAAUAUCACAUCCAAUGUUCCUUUUUAUUUCUGCCACAGCCAAAAUUAGAACUAUCAGUAAUUCACAUAACAUAAACGUAAGACCAAAGGAGUACACUUACAUUAUUUGGAGAGUUUUGUUCCAGCUGAAUGUUUCUAUGGCCAACUCAAUAAAAUUAUGGCUCGUGCAAAUCACUGUUUGUAAAUCAAUGCUAUUCAGUUCAUUGAAGACAUUUUUAAAAGAUUAUUGCUGAUCAUGAGCUUUUUAAUGGGAUAUAAUCUCAUCUUCUCUAGUCCUUCAGCACCCCCUAGUUGCAAAAGCAUACCCAUCUUAAAUUUUAAAAAUGCCGCAAGUAACCAUAUAGAUGGAUUUCAGUAUCCUAUUAAGACCCAAAGUAACAGCACUCUAAUGGAACUAGGGUAGGAAAAACAGGAUCUUGAAUAGCACUUAAAUCACUAAAAAUUUUAUUUGCAAAAAUUAUAUAUUCUUAUGUUUUAUUUAUUUUUACAAAUUGUAUUCAUAUUGGGGAGUUUGACCUAGAGUUUUAAGUAUAUACUCUAACAUACUGAAGAUGGAUCUCAUUAUAUAGAAAUAUAUUUGUUGAAAAUAAAGUUAAUGAAUUUCUUUUUUGUAUCUCCUUAAGAUCAAUUUUAAUACCAAAUUAUAUAUAAAUAGCUAUCCCAGGAUUAAGUGUGUAUAUAUAACUUCCAUCAAAACUGAGAAGUGUUACCAAGAGUUUAGUAAUUUAAUUCCAGGGCAGUUCUCACCUGUGUACAUUCUAUGGUAUAUAUUUCUAAAUUUGUGGGAUCUCCUGUACUUCAAAUCAAGUAUCUUCAAAAUAAAAAUUAUCAUCUGCCUCAUGAA